CUAUUUGCUACCUAUAGCCGCUAUGACAUAACUUAGACACAAUCCAUGCCUACUACACACACUACUACUUCAAUAAACUAUUAUUGUAGAUGUAGUAGUCUUGUGAAGUCAUCUUAAACAAACAAUUAAUAAAUGACUUAUCAAAUCCCUCAAAAUGAAUAACCUAAGAUCCUAAUUGUCAUUAAUUAGGGGUAUCAAAAAGACCCUAAUCCCUCACUAACACUAUAAGCACUUGUAUUAAGUUAUCACCAAAAGUGUAAAAAGAUUACCCUAUAAAGGCUAGACAAACGGCCUGAAUCCUUGAUUGCGCCGUUCAAAGCAUACCCCACAUUUCACACCUACAAUCAUCACUCUCUUUUCUCAAGCUCCAUUUUAAUGGCGGAUCAUCAAACAUCCUAUUCUCUUAUCUUCUUCCCUCUUCCCCACAUCAAUCCCUACCAUUCUUGAGCUUUUUCAAAUAUCCAUCUUCUCUUUCCCUUUAUCUAUUCUCUACUUUCUUUCUUUAUCUUUUUUUCAUACUGUUUUUUCUUCUGAUUACUUUAUUUUAUGCUGUAAACUGGCCCCAUUUGAACCAAAAGCAGAGAAAAUAAACAACAAAGUUAUCACAGUUUCCCAUUUGCUUGCUUCUCUCUAACGGCAUUCUCUUCUUCCUUCUUCUGAGCUCUCCUAUUCUUACUCCUCACUAUCCCACUCACUUUCUCCUCAUUUUUCACCAACUGAAUAGGAGUAGGAGAGUAGAAAAGUAUGCACUGAAAAACCAGUUAUAGUUUGUUCAUUCAUUCAAUAACCAUUUGUUGCAAUAUCGUUACAAAAAGCAGGAACAAUUAUUGCAUGAUUUGGGGUUUUUUAGCUUUAUUUUUCUAGAUUUUUAGUGUUUGAGAAGACGGAAAAGGUUGAAGGAAUGGAGAGAAAACAGGGUUUUUUCCAAACCCAGUUAUAGUUCAUCCAUUCAAACAUUCGUUCAACUCCUAGUUCUUGCAAAAUCUCUACAAAGAAGCAGAACCAAUUAUUACUUGAUUUAGGAUUUUUCUGAUUUUAUUUUUGUACUUACUUUUAUACUUUUUAGGGUUUGAGAAUGGAGAGAAAACAUGGGUUUUUCCAAACUCUAAAAGAGGAAGUAGUUCGAGGAUUAUCCCCAGGAAAAUCAAGGUCUAGAAGUCCAGCUAGAAGUGGGUCUCCCAUGACAAGUCUUCUCCGACGUCGGAAAAACCACCAUAAGCACAUCCCAGAAGUUUUGAUUGCGAGAUCCGGUAGUUUAAGGCCACCGGAAAUGCUGUCCCCUUUGAGAGAAGGACCUGACCAGUGCAGUGCACGUGAUGAGAGAGAAGACGGAGGUUGGGCACAUUGGAUGAAGCGUAACCCAUCUGUUUCUGGGUCUUCAUCUUCUUCAUCUUCUGGUGCUUGUAAGAGGUCGGAUCUGAGACUUUUGCUCGGUGUCUUGGGUGCGCCACUUGCUCCGGUGCACGUUAGCGCUAAUGACCCUCUUCCUCAUCUCAGCAUCAAGGAUACCCCAAUUGAGACUUCAUCAGCUCAGUAUAUCCUGCAGCAAUACACAGCUGCUUCUGGGGGGUUGAAGCUCCAAAACUCUAUCCAUAAUGCAUACGCCAUGGGAAAACUGAAGAUGCUAGCUUCUGAUAUCGAGACUCCUAGCAAGGUUAUCAAAAACCGAAACUCCUCUAAGUCUGCAGAGUCUGGUGGUUUUGUGUUGUGGCAGAUGAAUCCCGAUAUGUGGUAUGUUGAGCUUGCACUCGGUGGUAGCAAGGUUCAUGCUGGUUGUAAUGGAAACAUGGUUUGGAGGCACACUCCUUGGCUUGGUGCUCAUGCUGCUAAAGGGCCUGUUAGACCCCUACGUCGUGCACUUCAGGGCCUUGAUCCAAGAACGACUGCUGCAAUGUUUGCUGAUGCACGAUGCAUUGGCGAGAAGAAGAUCAACGGUGAAGACUGCUUCAUCCUGAAACUAUGUGCUGAUCCCAAGACGUUGAAGGCCAGGAGUGAAGGGCCAGCGGAGAUCAUACGACAUGUUCUGUUCGGUUACUUCAGUCAGAAGAGUGGGCUUCUUGUGCACAUCGAAGAUUCACAUUUGACCCGCAUUCAGUCUAAUGGAGGAGAUGCCGUGUAUUGGGAGACCACUAUUAACUCAUGUCUUGAUGAUUACAGGCCUGUCGAAGGAAUCAUGAUAGCUCAUUCAGGCCGUUCGGUGGUAACCCUCUUCAGAUUCGGAGAAACAGCAAUGAGCCACACUAAGACGAGGAUGGAAGAAGCUUGGUCAAUCGAAGAAGUAGCUUUCAACGUCCCUGGCUUGUCUAUCGACUGUUUUAUCCCCCCUGCUGAGGUUAGGUAUAGCUCGGUUGGCGACUCGUGUGAGCUCCCACAUGGCGAGAGGUUAAGAACGAUGUCAGCUACGGCAGCAGCAUAUCGUGCUAAAGUUGCUUCGAUGGACCGAACAUACGAGAACAACAUGGGCAACAUUGCUUGGCAGAUGGACAGUAUGCAUGUCUGACAAUGGAGGCUUAACUCAGGGAAUUCUUCGCCACAGAUAGUAGACGACAGGGUAGCUAGAUUUGUAGGCAUAGUAAUCGACAAAUCGUAAGGUCUUUUUAGCUUACAUUUUCCAUCGGAUACUUUUGUUGCCAUUGAAUCUGUAAAUAGGCAGUGAUUCACAAGAGGGGGGUAGUUUUUACAAAAUGGGGCUCCGAAUGUUUUCGUGUUUAUGGUGCUCGUGUUUGCACCCACUGGCCGUCCAUGGGAGGGGUAAUCUGAUGGACAGCCGGGCUGGCCAGUCGUCUGUGACGGGUUUCAUGUGGAUCUUUAAUCUGAUGGAUUCUGCAUUUUAGUACUUACAUUUGAUGGUAUCAAAGGAUCAUCCAUCUCAAUUGAUGAUGAUAUAUCUUGUUCAUCUUUGUGAGUUUCUCUUGCACUAGUAAGGAGAAAUUUCCCCUGAGAAGCUCUAAUUUUAUAAUUUUUAGAAAUCCACUGAUAUUAUUUGUUUGACGUUAA